AUGGUAAGUAUCACUAACCAAUACCACGGACAGCAAAUUUUGCGAGAAGCGCAACAGCUUCGCGCCGCCCGACCGGGCCAGCAGCAUAUCACCACGGACCUACCAAACCCUCCCCAAUGUGCAAUCUACCCAAACUCUCAACCCUCUACACCAUACGACCAUAUGUCAAUCAACACUGCCAUGUCGAAACAGGCCAUGCAGUACUCUAAUUCACCCUAUUUCCCAUACGACAUGAGCCCGGCUGUCAGCCCAAUACAGAACCAGUUCCCCAAUGUUCCUCGUGUCGAUGAGAACGCCCAGCACUACUUUCAGAACGUACACUCUGAUCAAGAUCCCAACAUGAUCUUCGAUCGGAGAAUGUCUCAACCAGAACUGCGAAUUCAGUCGGUGAGACCGCAUACUCCUUCGGAGCAGAUCCAGAAUGCGCAAUAUCCUCUAACACCUCCGGGGACACAGCAUGUCCACCAUCAGCAACAGAUGCAGAACUUGAGGCAUCAGCAAGCCACUCCACCCAUCUUCUCUCCUCACCCUGUAUCGAUGCAGCGCGGGCGCUCCCUUCAAGGCAUUGUUGAGCACGACGAGUCGAAGCUACAACCUAAUCCCAUUCGCCAACGGCCUCAGUCAAUGCUUCCAACCCCGGCCAAAGAUCGGUCUUUCGAGGUUGCCGACAUGCCCGUUCCCAGACACACCGGCGCUUCCAGCCCAAGUCCUCAAAAUGAGCCCUCGAAGAAUGAAGCUCUACCUUUCUUCGAUGAGACCGGUGGUGAGGAUACAUCAAGCCCUGCAGCCGACCUCAAGUCUCGUCCCGCUCCAAUUCUUAUUUCAUCGCAGCCGAAGUCUGGCUCUCAGUCUCCAUCACGCCCCGCUCUGUCACCUCGCCGCAUGUCCAUUUCUGAUCUCAAUCUCGAGCCCGGUAUCCAUGCUUCCAUUGAAGAAACCAAUAUCUCCAUUGACGAUAUCGCCCAAUUCAUUGACGGCCCAGAGGCUUCAGACAACAAGUGGGUUUGCAAAUACGAAAACUGCAAUAAGCGUUUCGGCCGCAAGGAGAACAUCAAGUCCCACGUCCAGACUCAUCUUGGUGAUCGUCAGUUCAAAUGCGACCACUGCAACAAGUGCUUCGUUCGAGGUCACGACCUGAAGAGACAUGCCAAGAUCCAUACCGGCACCAAGCCAUACCCUUGUCUCUGCGGCAACUCCUUCGCCAGGCAUGAUGCUCUCACCCGACACCGCCAGCGAGGCAUGUGUAUUGGUGCCUUCGAAGGUAUCGUCAAGAAGCCCAUCAAACGUGGCAGGCCUCGCAAGCAUCGCCCGGAGAUGGAUGAUCGUCUCGACAAGGCCAGUCGCAGCCGUCACGCUCACGAGUUGGCUCAUUAUGCCACUUCAUCGUCAUCGGGCUCGCCAUCUAGCUGGGAGUCUCCUCCUACAGACACCAUGGAUGCCCUGAGUGUCCGCGAUGAUUCUCCUUUCAGCGAUGUUGCUCUGUUUGGCAUGCCCAAUGGUGCAUCGAUGAGUCUCAACACCGACACUGCCUCCUUCCCUCCCGAGAUGUUUGGCUUCACGCCUCCCACGAGCCCUCAGUGGAGCACUGGCAACAAGGCUAGCCCUGCUCACUAUUCGCCUGCUCCUACAGACCUCGGUGACUACCCUCAGAUGACCCAAUCUCAGGCCCCUAGCUUGCCUCGUCUAGACGAACGCGCGCUGAUGCCCAAUCAAGCCACAAACAUAACUCUUGGCCACGGUAUGCAGACCGGCCGCUCUCAGCAAAGUCAAGCCCACUCGCUGCCGGCCUUGUCGCACACUAGCUCAAGCCCACCUCCAGCCGAAUUAGUCUCUUUUGAUUUUGUCGAGAUGCCAGUCACCACCGCCAGCGAUGCUCUGAACAUUAAUGCGGCACGCAAGCUUGAGCAGCCCAACGACUUCGACGCCUUCCUGACGGACAACUUCUAUGACGGCACCGAAAUGAUGGCUGACGACAGCUUCUUCUCCAUGCAGUGA